AUGGCUUUUUUGCUCAUUCAACUCAAGAUCAUCCCCCAAGAAGCUCCGCAGCUGGAAUUCCGGGAUAAUGGCCCCUGGUUGGUUGCCAAUUUACCCUGCGCUGAUGGAAGCUACCGCGAGCUCCAGGGUAUCAACUUAGAUCUCCAUAUUACGAAUAAUGAUGGGGAGCUCGAAUGGGUUCCUGAAGAUUAAAAUCGGAGAAUCAGAUAUUCUGGAUCUGCAGUAAGGAUAUAGAUAUGAUGCUAUUGUUAUAAGAACUGCAUUCUUGUUGGAACAAAGUUAGUUCAGGGCAAUCUAUAUGUC